CUCGCACCGACCCGGCGUUGCGCAUGUCCCUCGUACCUGUGCGGGUGCGGACUCUUCGGAUUUCCGGGAAUUUUUGAAAGAUGAUGCAGGAUCAGAACAGUGACAAACACCGGGAAGAAAAGACACUGGAGCGCAUCUCUUCCUCUUUUCUCUACCUCCUCGUGUUUUCGGUGCAUCCAGAGUGUCACCUCCUGGCUGAGAGCCUGUAACCUGAGAGCCAGAGCCUCGCACCACCCUUCCCCUGAAAGAAGAUCCAUUUUUAGAACCAUUCUCCGCCCAGAUUUGCUUACCCCACCCCGAGCCAAUGAAACGUGUCCGAGCCUACACUGCCAUGGUUUUGGUUUUCUGCGUGCUGGUCAUCUUCAUCUACUCCACUCUGAACUUGGAGCCAGCGAACACAGUUAUCUCCACAGAGGAGGGCUCCCAGAGGCUGCGCAGGGGUCAUGACCCCGAGGGGCAGCUCAAAUCCACCCAUGAGCACACCAGCUUCACCACCGCAGAGAUGUCCACGGCCGUUUUACAGACUGUGUCGGUGUCUAAGGAUCUAAGGGAGAUGAUCCCCAAAAACGAAGCGUACUGGAACCGUUUGAUGCACACGGCCCUGAAGGGUUUGGACGACGGCGACUACUCCUUCGCAAGGGAGUCUCCCUGGUCUCUCUGCAGGGUGGAGAACCAGGAGCUCCUGCAACUCAACAUCCACGACUUCAGCUCCUACCCUCCUCUGCUUCAGACGUUUGUGCGUGGCAUGACCUGCAAGUCCCCCCCCAUUCUGAUCGACCAGCCCAACAAGUGCGUCGCCGCCAACAGGAAGGAGUACAACCAGACCUUCCUGCUGCUGGCCAUCAAAUCCAGCCCCAGAAACUUCGAGCAGCGGCAGACGGUGCGGGAGACGUGGGGCCGGGAGGGGGUGCACCACGGUGGACUGACGGUGCGCACCUUCUUCCUGCUGGGCAACUCCACCCAGGACGACCCCGACAUGAGCGCCCUGCUGUCGUACGAAGCAGAGCGCUUUGGGGACAUACUGCAGUGGGAUUUCCACGAGUCCUUCCUGAACCUGACCCUCAAGAUGAAGGUCUUCCUCCAGUGGACGCUGAAAAACUGCCCCCAGGUCUCCUUCAUCUUCAGCGGGGACGAUGACGUCUUCGUCAACACCCCGGGGCUGCUCAACUACCUAAAGUCUUUAGAUGCUUCCAAAACAGAAAACCUAUACGUCGGACACGUCAUAAGCACGGCGAGCCCCCUCAGGGACCCAAGAAGCAAAUACUACAUUCCCAUGAGCUUCUACGACGGCGCUUAUCCCGCUUACGCGGGUGGAGGCGGCUUCAUCUUCUCAGGGGGGUUGCUGCAGCCCCUGUACUCGGUUUCCCGGGUCCUCCCCUUCUACCCCAUCGAUGACGUUUACUUCGGAAUGUGCGCCAAGGCGUUGGGGAUUUCCGCCGUCGCACACGAAGGCUUUCAGACCUUUGACAUCAAAGAGCAGGACCGCAGCAAUGUCUGUGUGCACAAACACCUGAUGCUGGUGCACCAGCGCUCGCCGCAGCAGACCAAGAAGCUGUGGCGGGGCAUUCACAGCCCCAUGUUGACUUGUUGAGCUGCACAUGAAGGCAAGGAUAGCUGCGGGGCUUGUAACUUAAGUAGAAGGGGAGGGAAAAAAACUGAGAAACUUUGCCCUGCCUUGGAAAAAUAUUAGCAAGAAGUUAUUUAUUUUUCCAAAACCUGCAGCCCUAAAGACUCAUGGGAACACGGCACAACUUGCUUUUUCUUAGUUGCUGCUUUUACGGUUUUUAUUUUAUGUAUAUAUUUUUAUUACAUAUAUAUAUAUAUUCUCUGUAAAUGUUCCUGUAAGUCUUAUCAGAAUUCAAUAAGCUGAAACGUCAAUUAAAAAUCACAACAACAAA